AGUACGCACGCAUGGUAUUUAGCAGAGGUAUACGCUUUCAGCUUCGCGCGUUACGAAAUAGUUUUAGCGUUGUAAGUGACUUACCAAAAAUGGGGCUUCUCGAGAAUGCUAAAAAAGUUGCAGCUUACAAAGCAGUCGAUGAAUACGUGAAGAAUAACAGCGUUAUCGGAGUUGGUAGUGGAUCUACUGUAAUAUACGUUGUUCACAGGCUCGCUGAACGUGUGAAAGAGGAAAAUCUUAAUGUUGUUUGUAUUCCAACUUCAUUUCAAGCUCGUCAACUAAUAUUAAAGAAUCAUCUUACAUUGGGUGACUUGGAAACUUAUCCUGAAUUGGAUUGUGCAAUUGAUGGCGCAGAUGAAGUUGAUUCUGACAUGAAUCUCAUUAAAGGUGGAGGUGGUUGUUUGCUUCAAGAAAAAAUUGUUGCAUCCUGUGCCAAUCAAUUUGUUGUAGUAGCUGAUUAUACGAAAAAUUCUCAACAACUUGGUGAACAAUACAAAAAAGGUAUACCUAUUGAAGUAAUUCCUAUGGCAUAUACUGCCAUUCAAAAAAGAAUUGAAGAUAAUUAUGGAGGACUUGCGCAAGUUAGAAUGGCUUUAGCUAAAGCUGGUCCAGUUAUAACAGACAAUGGCAAUUUUAUUCUUGAUUGGCAUUUUCCAGAAGGUCUUAGUAACUGGAAUAAAAUCAACAUAGAAAUUUCAAUGAUGCCUGGAGUAGUUGAAACAGGACUCUUUAUAAAAAUGGCAAAGAAAGUAUUCUUUGGAAUGCCUGAUGGCAGUGUUAAAGAACAGUCUUAA